AUGGUGCUCCCGCGGUUCCGCCCUCGCCCCCACUCGCUGCUGCUGGCGCUCUUCAUGGCGCUCGCCACGGCGCCGCCGUCUGCGGCGGUCCCGGUCAACCUCUUUUUUGAGGGCCGGCCGAAUCAGGUCGCCCAGCCGUGGGCAGUCACAUACUCUUGGGGGCGCCCCACCAAGGGGGUGUGGCCGGUCAACCUGGUCUACACAGCCACCGACGGCGGCACCGCGGUGUACACGGCCCAGGUCACCCGCGAGUCGAGGGUGAUCGCCGGCCGCCUGGAGGGGGUGCUGACCGUCCAGCGGCGCGCCCCUGAGGACAGCGGCGGCGACGGGUACACCCUCGUGGCGAAGCCCCCUAUCGUCGAGCUCUGGCAGGCGGCGGGGCCGCUGGGCGCGGUGCAGAAGUCCGCGUCCGCCCCCUGCAAGUUCGACGGCGGCGCGGCGACCGCCAGGCUGGAGCAGCCCGGGCUGACCGCUCGCUGCACCUACAGCUUCCCUCCGCCCUUCAACUUUGACCCGGAGCAGCGCGCCGAGCUGCGCGUCGGGUCGAUCGCGUUUGACCAGUUCGGGCCCCCAAACGGCUUCUCGGGGUUUGCGCCAUACCCCAUAGAUCCCUACGGCCCCCAGCCGUCCCCGGGCCGCUGCGCAGAGGUGACAGACACCAUGUUUUUUUCAAACGCCGGCGGCAGGGCGACGCCUUACAACCUGAACAACGUCCAGAUCGUCCCGCUCGACGGCAGCCCCCAAAAGGCGCCCGCGGCGCCGGGCAUGGGGCAGCAGGUGUGCGGCACGACCGUUUUCAGGUACUCUGCGAGGUUCCCGCCGGUGACGUGCGGGCCAGUGGCGUUCCCGGCUUAG